GAAUUAACAGAUGUGCCUGGUUUGAAGAAACAGAUUCAUUUCUUGAUGGGAAGAAAAAUCUUGUUUAGUUUUUCACUUAUUUUUUUAUGUAUGGGAUUUUCACUAACUUUGGACCAGAUACUAGCCAGGAAGAAUGUAAGUUUCAUCUCUCGAACAUCUUCAAAUAAAGAAGUGGUUGUAAACAGUGAUCGACAGAAUAGUGGCGAUAUGAAGCCAGUGCAGAAUUUCACAGUGAUACCAAUCACAGAGGCUCUCAACUACAAUCUGAGCAGACGUUUAGAAAAAGAACCUCGGAAUGCAUUCAGCCAUCAUAGCCCAGUUAAUGUCUCCAUGGAUGGAAUUCCCUGCAUUCUGUUUUGGGCCAAGAGAAUAACAAUUAAAUUUAAGAAUCAGACCUGGCUGGACCUUACAGAUGAAGCUAUUGGCCAGAAGGCAACAGUGGAUGCUGGCAACUCGAACUGCAGUGAAGAAAGUGCCAUGUUGUCUCUGAAGUUUGGUGAUGCUGAAAAUCCCAGAGGUCUUGAUAUAAGAUUCGCCCUUACCAGUUACAAGUUGUCUAUCCAGAGAUGGUUUAGUUUGCACCGAGUCGAGGUUAUUUUUAAUAACUCAAUUCAAGCAACUUUUAAUGCAACUGGGAUUUACGCUCCGUCAAGUUACUCCUACCAUUGCCAACGCGUCAGCAGCCUGCAGCCACACGAUGCCCUCUUGCUGCCCAGCGACUCCAAUGAUAUGUCAAGCCUGUGGGAGGUCACUUUUGUUGAUUUCCAGAUCCAAGGCUUUCCCAUCAAGGGGGGACAGUUUGCCAAGGCCCGAGACUGCACCUCUUCCUUCUCGCCAGCCAUUCUGAUCGGCCUGGCGAUGUCCCUGCUGCUGCUGUUGGUGCUGGCCUACGCCCUGCACAUGCUCAUCUACCUGCGCUAUCUGGAUCGGCACUAUGAUCUCAUCGCCUCCCCGGCCCACUUCCCCCAGCUGACAGCUCAAGACGUGGUAGAGGAGAAGGAGCUGCUGAGGAGCCAGGGAGCUGAAUGCUAUGAACUGAGAAGCCAACAGAUCUGCAACAUUUAUGUUUAACAGCACAGCUCCCUUUCCCUCAGAAGGUCUGCACUAGGCUCCGAAAAGAGUUGUUCGUGCUCUGUGCUGUUUGCUUUGUGAUACAAGGUCUUCACCAAAAGUCUUGGAUUUUUUAAAAAGGAAAUAACAUGCAAAAAAUACA